GCGUACAGAAAGCUGGCCAAGGAAUACCAUCCUGAUAAGAACCCGAAUGCAGGGGACAAAUUCAAAGAAAUAAGCUUUGCCUAUGAAGUACUGUCAAAUCCAGAGAAACGUGAGUUAUAUGAUAGAUAUGGAGAACAGGGCCUUCGAGAAGGUAGCGGUGGAAGCAGUGGAAUGGACGAUAUUUUCUCCCAUAUCUUUGGUGGUGGAUUGUUCAAUUUCAUGGGUGGUCAGAGUAGAAGUCGUAAUGGUAGAAGAAGAGGAGAAGAUAUGAUGCAUCCACUCAAAGUCUCUUUAGAAGAUCUGUACAAUGGAAAGACAACUAAACUACAACUUAGCAAGAAUGUCCUUUGUAGUGCAUGUAAUGGGCAGGGAGGGAAGGCUGGAGCUGUGCAGAAAUGUAAUGCUUGCCGGGGUCGAGGUGUACGUAUCAUGAUCAGACAGCUGGCUUAGCAGAUGCAGUCUGUAUGCUCUGACUGCAACGGAGAAGGUGAAGUAAUUAAUGAAAAAGACCGCUGUAAAAAAUGUGAAGGGAAGAAGGUGAUCAAAGAGGUAAAAAUACUUGAAGUCCAUGUAGACAAAGGCAUGAAACAUGGGCAACGAAUUACAUUCAGUGGAGAAGCAGAUCAGGCUCCAGGCAUGGAACCGGGAGAUAUUGUCCUCUUACUCCAAGAAAAGGAGAAUGAGGUGUUCCAGCGGGAUGGCAAUGACUUGCACAUGACGCACAAGAUUGGACUGGUUGAAGCACUGUGUGGGUUUCAGUUCACAUUUAAGCACCUUGAUGGACGUCAAAUUGUGGUGAAAUAUCCUCCUGGAAAAGUAAUUGAACCAGGUUGUGUUCGCGUAGUCAGAGGCGAAGGAAUGCCCCAGUAUCGCAACCCUUUUGAGAAGGGGGAUCUUUACAUUAAAUUUGAUGUUCAAUUUCCUGAAAAUAACUGGAUUAGCCCAGAAAAGCUUUCAGAACUUGAAGAUCUUCUGCCAGCUAGACCAGAAUUUCCCAAUGUAAUUGGUGAUGCGGAAGAGGUAGAUCUUCAGGAAUUCGAUACCACUCGUGGUUCAGGUGGUGGCCAGAGACGUGAAGCUUAUAACGAUAGUUCUGAUGAAGAAAGCAGCCAUCAUGGACCUGGGGUACAGUGUGCCCAUCAGUAAAUGUUUGUCUAAAAAGUUGCACAAGGAUUUUCUUUCAAAUUUUGCCUGACUUGUUUUCAACAAUCCAGCUGGAUUGUAUAAAUAAUCCAGAUGAACCAAUGGACAUCUAUUGCUGUAUGUGUAACUUUUAAAUUGGUCUAUAGUAUCUACAGAGUGUAAUUUAAACUAACCACAAGCUUACAUCUUCAUUUUGACUGUGUAGCAGAAUAAAGCACUUGAAAGGAAGACGAGACUCCUUUUCACAUGGGUUUUAAGUUUGUCCUUGUAUCUGUGCUUGAUUUUUACCAGUUUUGUGUAGGUUUUAAGUUUCAUGUUUUAAAUUCAAAUUCGACAUUGUAAAGUUUGUGUACAAUUUGUCCUGAGGCUUGGUAUUUGGCUGCACCUGCAUAAACUGCUACAAGUAGAAUAAAGAAUUUCAUAGCCUGUAUCUAUCAUCUAGAUGCAUGGUAAAUGGGCUUUGCACAUAAUGGGUUUAGAGCUGACUGGGAACAAUGGAAGACUAAAUUAGAAGUGGUUGUAAGUUUUUUCUACCAUCUUGUGAACGGUUUCUGAAACUAAAUAAAAGCAGUUGGUGUAUAAUAUA